AUGUCAGUUUCUAGCACCGCCGCUGCUGCGAUGGCCAGUUUGGCUUCUCGUAUCGCUGCUUUAGAAAAUGAAUUAGAAACGGAAACGGUAGACAAAGACACGACUGAUAAUAUAGACAUAGACCUUGAUGAUUAUAUGGACUCUAACUCCCAAAAAGAAAAAACGCAUCUUGAUGAUUACUAUUCAGACCUUAGUUCUCCAUCAAAUGGUUCUUUAGACAAUUUUUCUACUUCUACUUCGAUUUCUCGUCAUUCGGAUCUUACAAAAUCUGAUCAAAAUUAUUCUCAACCUUCGGGAGUACUUGAUCGUCUUAGUAGUAGUAGAUCUACUUCUCGUACUCCUUCUUAUGAUGUCAGUCAAAGUAAACAUAGUACUGUGUUGGAUGAUUCUUUGAAAGCUCAACUUGAGAAAAAGCAUGCUGAAGAACUUGAAAAGGUUAGACAAGAAUUGGAAGAUACAAGAAAUAAACAUUGGAGUGAAUUGCAAAAAUCUAAAAAUGAUCUUGCUGAACAAUAUAAAGAAAACGAACGUAUACGACAAGAAUUAUCAUUAAAACAUGAAAAUGAAAAAAAUUUAUUAAAAAAAUCUCAUGAUGCUGAAAAAGAAAAAAUAAUAGCUGAAUUAGCGACUCUUUCACA